UUUAGCUCGCUCGUUGCUUGUUAAAUUGUUGUCUUCUGUGAAUCUGUUGAACUUUUUUUUGUUUUAUUUUUGUAUAUUUUCGUUCAAACGAUAAAGUUGUAGCGUGUUCUGAUAGGUUGGCAAACAAUUACUGAAAAUAUGGCUGAAAUGUAUCCUAAUAAGCGCAUGCGAGAGCAUUUUUACUGUGAGAUUUGUCCGGAGUACGGAUCGCUACCGUUAAUUACAGAAUGCGGCGAAUGUAACCAAAGUCUGUUUCUGAUGUGUCCCCACGACGGAUUUCACGAUGGUCGCUACAUAUGCCAAACCUGUGCAGAGCGGUUGUCCACCCAAUUUACGGUUUGCACGUUCCAUGGUAAGAUCAUGACCUAUUACUGCUUGAAUUGCGAGCGGGGUGUUUGUGCCGAUUGCCCGCUCCAAUCCAGUAGCCACGAUGGUCACACUUUCGGACAAUUGGAGAAACUUUACCAGCAGCGGAUGGAACUUGUCACCAAGAAACUCGAUGAACUUACAGUCGCGUUCAAAUGUCGAGAUGAGGAUAACAAGCGGGUGUCCAAAAACCUAGAAAUGAUAACCGCUAACGAGAUGGAGUUGAUCGCUGAGGUUGAUGCCUUGGGGCAAUCAGCUAAAGGCGACAUACGACGUUCGGUGCAAAAACGGAAGGAGCUUCUUCUGGCCAAGUUGAAACAGCCAAUCAAGAAAGAAUUGUACCGGCACGAUUGGGAGAAAAGGAUCAACAGCAUGUCGAAGAUGGAAUUCAUCCAAAAGUAUGUGGAAACACUGGGACAAAUCUCACAACAGAUGCCACCCGUUAUUGAUGCACCUCACGAGUUGGUCGAGUGUCACAACAUCAAAUGUUCGUUAAUUCCGAAAUUGAUUAUGCUACCGGUCUUUAUCGAAAACAUAUAUAAGAAGAAAUACCCCGUUUCUUUUAUGAUUUUUGAUGCAUCUGGUUUCCCGUGGUCGCUGACGGCCUUUAUCGAGCAGAAGUUCAGUAUGCUAUUUUCUCCAAAGAACAAAAGACACGAAAUGUACAAGCACAAGGUGGUGAUUGAAAUACUUCAUGACGAUUUCAUGAAGACGAUUAACCACUCUUUCGUCAUUCAACACUGUGACCAGAAAAUGGAACUUGUUGACAUGACGUUUUUGAAGGAAAACGGUUAUAUUAGCACCGAAGGUCAUAACAUGUUGAUGAUGCGCAUCGCAAUCAAACCAGUCAGUAUUGUUGUGGAAAAUUAUCUACACAUCGAUGAAAACAAUAAAUUUCGCCAUGGCGUUGCUGAAGAGGUUACCGACCUCAAGGAUGAGGUUAACCAAUUAAAACUUCGAUCCAGUAGCAACUUUUUCCUGUCGCUCGAAACGCUGGUCAAUGAUGGAGAUUUUGUUCUGUCCCAUCCUCUCAUGGACAGCCAGGGCAUCGAAUGGUGUCUCCGAUUGAAGCGAAACAUCAAGAAACGCCGCAACAAGCAGGCGAAGGCUUGUCUUGGGGCGUACAUUGUGCAGCUCAGUGGUCCCAAAAGCAACUGCAAGUUUUUCGUCACGCUGUACAAUAACGAUCCGGACAAGCACGUCAGAAUGGUAGGAGAAGAAAUGUUUGAACUGGAGGAGCUAACCUACGGCCAAUAUUCAUUUGUUGAUGUCGAUCAUUUGACUGAAGAGUUCGGAUUUGUCAACGGUGGAACGGCCCGAUUCGAAUUUGGAAUCACACCGAUGAUAAACGAUCCUUCCGCGGUAGAAGACGAAUCCCCACCCGUUCCAAACAAUGGAACAUCUGAAGAUUUCCUUCACAGCCGACAUCUGUUCGGCACGUUUGACUAACUUACGUGAACGAGUUUUUCCUUAACUGUUUGAACUGAAGUAUUACUUUGUUUUUAGUUCUAUUACCAUUUGUUUUAAAUACUUGAUAUCACAUUGCACAAGCUCUAAAGCGAAAUGAUCGCAAAUAUUAUUUUUUAACAUCUGUUUAUCUAACAUACGGUGUAAUUAAGCCGUAUUAAAAUUAAAGUAAGAAUAUUAAAGUUGCAACUUGUUUGCAACUAGGCGGAAAAUGAA